GAAUGGGGAGAAAGAAAAAAAAAAAAUAAAAGGCAAGGCCAUUGGAUAUGGCCGCCUUGUUGAAAACUUGUGAAACCCUAGAUUGAUGUAUGGAUCAGCAUAUGCUUCAAUCUGAAGCGACACAACAAGGAAGUGGGUGAUAAUUUUAUUACUUUUGAUCCCUCACCAACAAUUAUAAACCCUUAAAAGGCAAAAAAAUCCCAUUAAUUAGUGGGAUUCUCAUUCUCAUCCCACCACCAUAAGCACCCAACUAGCUCCUCUUUCAUAUUCCUUGCCAUUAUUAUGGCUUUCUCAGAAUUUCUCUUUUCUUUUCCCUCUCCUCCGCUUUUGCCAGACAAAAUGCUUCGUGGGUCCCUUGCAUUACCCCAUCACUCCUUUCCCAACUAUCUUGAUCAUCACCAUCAGCGUCAUCAUCAUCUCAUUAUUCAACUCCCUCUUCUUCUACUUGAUGUGCUGCUCUACUACUUUAUCUUGUUUCGUGGUUGGUUGCUCCAUUCAUGGCUAAACCAGGGGGUCGUCGGAGGUCACAAAAGGAAAGUGGCUCUAACGUUACAGCCAAGUACAUGUUUAGAGGUUUUUCCAAAUGGUGCCCGUUCUGUUCAAUCAGAAAAUCGUUCAUACUCUUCUUCCUCCUGAGAGUCAGUUAUGCAGCCACCGGGCCUGAUAUUGAAGGUGAUGCUUUAUUGGAGGUUUUAGGUGCUCUCAAUGAUUCAGAUGGCCGAAUAACAGAUUGGGAUCGGAAUUUUGUGAGCCCGUGCUUUAGUUGGUCACAUAUUACUUGUAGAAAUGGCAAUGUUGUAAGCCUGAGCCUAGCUUCAAAUGGAUUUUCAGGAACACUAUCACCUUCAAUAACCAAACUAAGGUUCUUGGUGAGAUUAGAAUUGCAAGACAAUCAUCUAUCUGGUCCUUUACCAGAUUUCCUUGGCAACAUGGUUCGCCUACAAACUCUAAAUCUAUCAAAUAAUAAAUUCAGAGGAUCCGUACCUGUGACAUGGGGCCAGCUAUCCAACUUAAAGCUCCUGGAUCUGUCAUCCAAUGAUUUAAGUGGGAGAAUCCCAGUGCAAUUCUUCUCCAUUCCAACAUUCAAUUUUUUAGGAACACAUCUCAUUUGUGGCUCUAGCUUGGGUCAACCAUGUACUUCGGCUUCUCCUCUUCCCAGUUCUACAAGCAAGUCUAAACUUAGAGUUGUAAGUGCAUCUGCAAGUUGUGCUGUGUUCGUACUUCUGUUGCUUGGGGCUAUCUGUGUAUACCGGUAUUACCAACUGUGCAAACUGAAACAUGAUAUCUUUGUUGAUGUGGCAGGGGAAGAUGAUCGUAAAAUUUCCUUGGGGCAGGUUAAAAGAUUUUCUUGGCGUGAACUUCAACUUGCAACUGGUAAUUUCUGCGAAAGCAACAUAAUUGGACAAGGAGGUUUUGGAAAAGUUUACAAGGGUGUCCUCUCAGACAACACAAAAGUUGCUGUAAAACGUCUUGCAGAUUAUUGUAACCCUGGUGGAGAGGCUGCAUUCCAUAGGGAAGUCCAACUCAUAAGCGUUGCUGUCCAUAGGAAUCUCCUACGGCUAAUUGGAUUUUGUACAACCUCAUCUGAGAGAAUUCUGGUUUAUCCAUUCAUGCAAAAUCUUAGCGUUGCAUAUCGCUUGAGAGAUUUGAGACCUGGAGAGAAAGGCUUGGAUUGGCCAACAAGGAAACAUGUAGCUUUUGGUGCAGCCCAUGGUUUGGAGUAUCUACAUGAUCAUUGUAGCCCAAAGAUUAUACAUCGUGAUUUAAAAGCAGCAAACAUCCUUUUAGAUGAAAAUUUUGAGCCUGUUCUUGGAGAUUUUGGACUAGCAAAGCUAGUUGAUACAAAACUGACCCACAUAACCACUCAAGUGCGUGGUACCAUGGGUCACAUUGCCCCAGAAUAUUUGUCUACUGGAAAAUCUUCUGAGAAGACUGAUGUAUUUGGAUAUGGAAUAACACUUCUUGAACUUGUAACUGGUCAGCGUGCAAUUGAUUUUGCUCGGCUAGAAGAGGAAGAGGAUGUUCUUCUGCUUGACCAUAUAAAAAAACUGCUGAGAGAAAAUAGACUGACUGACAUUGUGGAUGGAAACCUGGAGACGUAUGAUCCCAAAGAAGUAGAGACUGUUGUGCAGGUUGCAUUACUCUGCACUCAAAGCUCACCUGAAGACCGUCCAACAAUGGCAGAAGUAGUAAAAAUGUUACAAGGAGUGGGGUUAGCAGAAAGAUGGGCCGAGUGGGAGCAGCUCGAGGAAGUUAGGAAUCAUGAGCUCUCACUCAUGUCUCACCAAUUUGCCUGGGCUGAAGAUUCAAGCAUAGACCAAGAAGCUAUCCAGUUAUCUAAAGCAAGAUAAGGCUCUUCCCUCAUCAAAUCAAAUUUUGAGAUCAAUUUGGAACCAAAAACAUGGAUUACCAUACUCAUAGAGAUAACUGUAUAUGAAAAAUUUAGGAAAUAUGUAAUAUCCUAUAAAUAUAUACAUAUAUAUAUAUAUAUAUCAUCUGUAAACCAUGGUACUUAUUUCCCAUGUAAGCAUGCUAUUGUUUGG